CCGAGUUUCAACCAAAAUCGGUACAGUAUUUGUGUCAUAGGCAGAAAUGAAGGAGAUUGUGUUAAUUUUCAUCGUAUUUUCCUUAGUUACGGCUCACGUAACUAGAAAUUUGUCUCGCGAAAUAACUUUCAGACGACUCAAUCAGCCUGCAUCCUUUGAAGAUACAAGGAUCGUGGGAGGAAAUGAAGCUGUUCCAAACUCCUUACCAUACGUGGCCGUUUUGAGAAUGAUUUUCAAUGGAUCAUCUAGUUCAUGUGGAGCAUCUCUUAUCACCACGAGAUAUGUGCUAACAGUUGCGCAUUGUUUAGAUGAUGGCAUGUUGUCGUUAGAAGUGAUACUGGGGAAACAUAAGCUUCUUGAAACUGAACCAACCCAGCAAACAAUUCCAACUACCACUUACAAGAUACAUGAACAGUUUAAUAAUGAAACACUAGUAAAUGAUAUAGGCGUCGUCUAUCUUCCAACACCAGCAAAAAUCAAUCGCUACGUUCAAUUAAUUGCACUUCCCAGUAGAGCUGACGUUUCGAAUAGUUUCGCGGGAUCAGAGGCAAUAGCAAGUGGUUGGGGAGACGAUUAUGAUCCUACCACCGAUGGCAAAGAAGUAUUGCGAUAUGUCAAUGUUCGCAUUAUAACAAACGCUGUGUGUAAUGAAACGUUCAAGGACAUUAUAGAUUCAAACAUCUGUACUGCAGGAACAGACAAAAAAGGCGUUUGCUUUGGAGAUUCAGGCGGACCUCUUGUGGUCAACAAGACAUUGGUAAAUCUAUAUCAGUUUAUAUCUUUAGAAAAAAUGAGAUAACUAAUAUAUAACCUG